AUAUAUUUCUAUGUAUAAAUCUUCACCUCUAAAAAAAAAAGUCCCUCUUGAAAAUUGGAAAGUGACUAACCCAACUCUCUCUCUCUUUUUUGCUCUUAUUUUUUUUUUUUUCAUAUAUAUAUAUUAAAAAAAACAACCCAAACCCAAAACACUAUAGCUUAAACCCUCAAAAAAAAACAAAAACACUCUCAAUUUUGAGUAUAUAUUUUGUGAUAAUAUAUAAAGAAAAAAAUAUCAGAGCCAAGAAUCGAUCUAGAUCACGAAAAUGCCAGUGAAUCCGCCGAGGUCGGCUCUACUCGUUCAUCGAAUCAACGGCGGCGGAGGAAACAUGCAAAGCCAAAGCCAUAAUCUCAAGAGAAGGUCGCCGGCGAUAAUCGCGCCGUUACCUGAGCCAGUGGCGCGUCACCACACGCACGAGAUUAGAGCGGACCAGUCAUGCUCCGCUGUAAUCCAAGAGAUCGCCGCACCGGUCUCUACAGUCUGGUCAGUCGUCAGACGAUUCGAUAAUCCCCAAGCUUACAAACACUUCGUCAAGAGCUGUAACGUCAUCGUCGGCGACGGCGAUGUAGGUACUCUCCGUGAAGUUCAGGUCGUUUCAGGUCUUCCGGCGAAUAACAGUACGGAAAGACUCGAGAUCCUCGACGAAGAACGCCACGUCAUCAGUUUCAGCGUUGUCGGCGGCGAACACAGACUCACGAACUACCGAUCUGUUACGACUCUCCAUUCUUCGAUCUCCGGUACGGUGGUGGUGGAAUCGUACGUAGUUGAUGUUCCGCCGGGGAAUACGGCGGAGGACACGUGUACUUUUGCGGACACCAUUGUUAGAUGCAACCUUCAAUCUCUCGCUCAGAUCGCCGAGAAUAUCGCGAAACGAUCAGCCAUUAACAAGUCCAAUAUCUCAUGAGUUGGUUCGUUUUGUCUGUAUUUUGGUCAUGAUACGCCGUCGUUUCGUUUCUCCUGGAAUCGCCAUUCAAAUCGGCCACGACCAAGAAUCGUUUUCUUUCUUUCAUUUUUUUUUUUUUUGUGUAAUUAAAAAAAUUAGAUGAAUAUUUAUGACAUGCAUAAAUAAUAGUCACAUUAAAAUCACUACAUUAUUGUUAUUAUUAUUAAUUUAAAUAAUUCGUGUACGUAAAAUCUGGACCGUUGGAUCAGACAAUGGCUGUGGUCUGAAAUUUAA